CCCGCUUGGCUGGUUGGCACGCAAGCGCCGUCUCCGCCGUGGCUGGGUCCGAGGGUCGCCGCCAUCAUGGCCGCCUCCCGGGACAAGUACUCGGUGCUGCUGCCCACCUACAACGAGCGCGAGAACCUGCCGCUCAUUGUGUGGCUGCUGGUGCGGAGCUUCCGGGAGAGUGGCAAUGACUUUGAAAUUAUAGUGAUAGAUGAUGGAAGCCCAGAUGGGACACAGGAAAUUGCUGAACAACUGAUAAAGAUUUAUGGAUCAGACAGAAUUCUUUUAAGACCCAGAGCAAAAAAACUGGGAUUGGGGACUGCUUAUAUUCAUGGAAUGAAGCACGCUACAGGAAACUUCAUUAUUAUUAUGGAUGCUGACCUCUCACACCAUCCAAAAUUCAUUCCAGAAUUUAUCAGAAAGCAGAAAGAAGGUAAUUUUGACAUUGUGUCUGGAACUCGGUAUAAAGGAAAUGGUGGUGUUCAUGGAUGGGAUGUAAAACGGAAAUUGAUCAGCCGUGGUGCCAACUUCUUAACUCAGGUUCUUCUGCGGCCGGGUGCAUCCGACUUAACAGGAAGCUUCAGGUUAUACAGAAAAGAGGUUUUACAGAAGCUAAUGGAGAAGUGUGUUUCAAAAGGAUAUGUUUUCCAGAUGGAAAUGAUCGUUCGGGCUAGGCAACUGGAAUACUCUAUUGGAGAGGUUCCUAUAUCAUUUGUGGACCGAGUCUAUGGGGAAUCUAAAUUAGGAGGCAAUGAGAUAGUCUCUUUUCUAAAAGGGCUGUUGACUUUAUUUGCAACUACAUAAGAGAUUCUUCCCUACAUUCAACGUAAUUUGGACUGAAAAGUUAUUUUUGCAUCGUUCUCACCUUGCUAAGCUUUCUUUUGGUUAGAAAAACCAUUCUGAGUUGAAGAAAAACAAGGACCACACAGUCCAGUAAGCAUUAUUUAUUAACUGUGAAAAAAUCAUCACUGUGUACGUUUUGUCUUUCAAUAAAUGAGGCUCA